AUGGUGGCUGCAGCUGAGGUAGUAGCUUGCAACGAAGACCUCAUCACAUUGAUCCUCCUACGCUUGCCGGUGAAAUCGCUUCUCCGGUUCAAAUGUGUCUCCAAGAAGUGGCUCUGUCUGAUCUCCACCCCAAAUUUCUCUAGCCGCCACCGCAGACUUGCCUCUGCAUCCAUCCUCUUGUCUCAAAUUCCCGGCCUCAUCAGCCACCUAUCUCUCAAUUGCAGCAGUUCAGAGAAACCCUUUUCGUCUCUUGACUUCAUUGAUGAUUCAGCUGGUGUUAAGUUAUUGCAGUCCAUCAAUGGCCUGGCCUUGGGGUGUAGCUUUCACAAGUUGGGAAAACCUCGUAGCUAUUAUGUCUGCAACCCUUCAACAAGGCAAUUCUUGACGCUUCCUCCACCUAAUGCUGAGGGUCAUGAUUCGCUCGCAACUGUUUUAGGUGUUUAUUUAGCUUUUGAUCCGUCCAAAUCACCUCACUACCAAGUCGUCUGCGUUCGAAAUUGCUCUUUAUCAGCAGCACACGAUCGGUACCAAAUUCAGAUAUACCCGUCCGAGACUCGAACUUGGAGGCUUUGUGGUUCUCCUUUUGCGUCCCCAUCCGACAUCAUGUUUGAAACUGGGGUGCUUUGGAAUGGUGCAAUACAUUGGAUUAGCCCAACGGGAGCUACAUUAUGUUUUAAUAUCAAUCAAGAGCACCUUGGAUCAAUGCCUAGUCCUCCAUCAGACGAGCACUGGAGCAAAAGAAGGUUCAGAUAUUUUGGUGAAUCCGGUGGCCAUUUGCACCUUGUUGAAAUUUAUGGUCCAAGCACCACUCAAUUCCAAGUCUUUGAAUUGGAGAGGGAUUACUCAAGGUGGAUUUGCAAGUACCAAAUCGAUAUUUCUCCUAUCGUCGAUGCAUUUCCGGAGAUGGUUAGAGACUACCUUCACCCCCAUCACCAUGAUUCUCUGUUUUACGCGUUUGUUUUACUUUUUGUCCAAGAAACUGAAGAGGGCUCAUCGCUGUUGCUGCACAUUCCUGGCAAGCUUAUAUCUUAUAAUCUUAGAAAUAAGAGCUUCAAGGAGAUUUGUGAUUCCGGUCCAAAAUCCACCAAAACAAAUACAGCAUUACAUAUUGGAUGCUUUCAUGCUCAUCAGUUUAUAGAGACUCUUGCUAGUGUUUAA